AUGUACUGGUUGCCAACCGUCGUUUUAACCUCAUCGAAGAAGAAGGAUGGGCUGGACGGUUGGAAACAAGCUACAAGUAAAGCCAAUGAUAGUAAUACACAUACAGUGCAUUCUGAAAGUAUUCCCGACCCCUUUGAAUUUUUCCAUAUUUUGUUACGUUACAGCCUUAUUCUAACAGAAACACACAUCAUAAUUAACGUCACUGGAUUCUCUGCUUAUGGCAUCGUCCAUGAAGAAGAUGCUCCCAUCUCCCCUAUCCAGGGGCUUGUGUUGAUAUUCUACCAACCGUUUGUCCCUGAACAGAGGUCCAUCCUGAAUGUGUUGUUGCUUCCCAGUAAUGUUGUGAGAAAAGAGGUGCGGGAGGUGAUUGAAAGGGAUGGAAUUAGAGAAAUUCAAACAACUUCUCAGUGUAAACUAACCCCGAAGCAAGAAUACACCCUCUCCACUUAUUCUGCAGAUGGACAUCGAAUAGAACCAAAAGAAGCAGUGUUUGUGAAAUGUGAUUCCUAUGAAAACAACUACUUUCAGUUGUUCUUACAAACUAUAGUUAAAGAAGUUGAUCUGCUUCUGAAAGAAAAGGAAGGUGAUGAACUUGUAUGGAACAGACUUGUCUGGCUGCCAGCCUCACCAACGGAUGUCCCCUCUACAGUUUCAGCUGUUUCCCCUGCAGCCCCUACUGCCAACCCCUCUACCCCCCCUGGCAGAGCCUUCAUCAGAAGAAACAGGAUGUCUCUAGAGACUCGCCUGGGGCUCUUACAGCCCAUAUUCCUGCGUCUCCAGGAUCGUGGGGUUCUGAUUGAUGAGGGAGGAGGUGGUCAGUAAAUCCACCAAGACCCUACAGAACCAAGCCCUGCUGGACAUGGUGGUAAAGAAGGGGGCUCGCGCCCAGGAACACUUCUACCAGGUCCUGAAGGAAGUAGAUCCCUGCCUGGUCGAAUACCUGGAAGAGCAGACAGUCUGAGAGGUAACCAUGGAUACAACCUCAGAAGAUAUCAAAACAUUUAGAGACAGAUCAGCACUUUGAGGAGCUACUGUCUACCAGACAACCUACCUGUGUUACUCUGGUACACUGGCUACAGACUACAAGAUCAGGACUACUGUCUACCAGACAACCUACCUGUGUUACUCUGGUACACUGGCUACAGACUACAAGAUCAGGGCUACUGUCUACCAGACAACCUACCUGUGUUACUCUGGUACACAGGCUACAGACUACAAGAUCAGGACUACUGUCUACCAGACAACCUACCUGUGUUACUCUGGUACACUGGCUACAGACUACAAGAUCAGGACUACUGUCUACCAGACAACCUACCUGUGUUACUCUGGUACACUGGCUACAGACUACAAGAUCAUGACUACUGUCUACCAGACAACCUACCUGUGUUACUCUGGUACACUGGCUACAGACUACAAGAUCAGGACUACUGUCUACCAGACAACCUACCUGUGUUACUCUGGUACACUGGCUAUAGACUACAAGAUCAGGACUACUGUCUACCAGACAACCUACCUGUGUUACUCUGGUACACUGGCUAUAGACAACAAGAUGAUUUAAUUUCUAUCUGGAACAUGGUGAAUGUUGAAUCAUCUUGGACAGGUCUCGGACAACAACAUGUGAGACUUAACAUCUGACUUGUACUGGACAGCUGUACUGGCUGAACACCAGAUCUAGAUACAGUGGGGAGAACAAGUAUUUGAUACACUGCCGAUUUUCCUACUUACAAAGCAUGUAGAGGUCUGUAAUUUUUAUCAUAGGUACACUUCA